CUUUAUUUAUCUUUCUUUUCUUGUGUGUAAAAGAAAUUAAGAAGCUAGAACACGAUUGAGCUAGUAAAGAACCUUAUUGUAAAUUUUGUCAUAUCAAAUGAAAGAAGAUCGAUUCUAUUUACAACAGCUCAAAAUGUGAUUACUUAAGCCUUUUCAUUUUCAUCGUUUUGGUAUGUUAACAGUUUGGACUUUAUAUAUUUCCUCUUUUCCCUUUAUAUUGGAAGCUAAUAUCGAUAUUUCAUAGAUUAUGUACCGUGCUCUGGUUAGUCUUGAUUGCCGCUGAAUUCGAUAUAGCAUUGUAAAAGUCAACGUAAUAACAUAUGCCCUCUAAUGCUUGAUCUUACCUUCCUACCAUGUAUUUAACUGAUAUCCUUUUCCCCACGUGUCUGUUGAUAUUACCUUCGUACAGAAACGAUGUUGUAUAUAGAAUUCUGACAAGCAUUUAAGUUUUAGAAUUAUUGUUUGGAGAAAAAAGUCUGUCAGUACACAAGAAAGCUGUUGUGUUUGCUUGAGACAUGACUUCCAUAAUGCAAUGUAUAAAAUAUUUCUGUUUGUGCAGUGAUGCAGGGACCAUGGUAAACUGUGACAAGUCCUAACGGUCCCCUACUUUUCAAUAAGAUACAUUCAUAGUAAUUGACAACCACCCACUUGCUAUCCCGUCAGUCAGGUAACUUCAGUAGUCUUCCUGCAUCCAACUUUUUGGCCUGUGGUCCAGACCCAGCACAGGCUAUCAACUUUAAACUAGACAGGCAAUGUAGCUAGAAUCACAACCCAGAGGUUGGAAAGGAAAACAAGAAACACAAUGUUUCCCCUGCGAGAACAGCCUUAUCUGUCAUGCAGACCUAAAACAUCGAGCAAAACAAGUGAUUCUGUCAUCGGGCAGAGCAAAGAACUAGAACGGUGAAAUGUUUCAAAGACGUUUUUUAGCUUUUGCCCCAUCAAUAGUUGUCGAGUUAUUUUACUGGAGUUCCGCUUCUUCACCAUUAGGUGUCGCUGCUUCUCCGGUCUUCACAAUUAUUGCUCUUGUUAACUCCUUCCAUCCCUUCCUAUCUUGGGCCAGUGUUCUCAAUUCUUCCAGAUCUUCUUUGGUGUUGAGCUUUUCCCGAUGAUAGUAGUUAUGUUCAGCUGCUGUAAUGGGGUUUUUAUUGUAAUAGGCAUUCAGAUCUUCAUUCAGUACCUUUGGUAGAGUUGUUCUUGGUUUUCCUCUGAAUCCUUUGGCUUUUAUGUUUGUGAAGUACAAUUCCAUGGCUUUAAAUGCUGGUAUAUUUCUACCCCUUCUCCUCAAGAUAUGACCAAUAGUCCCAUCUAUGUUCCCUCAUGGUGUAUGAUAUUGGUUUUUCUCCCAUCACUUCAUACAAUUUCUUAUUUGAUAUGUGUGUUGGACAAAGGAAAACAUGGUGGAAUGAGUGUCGACGUUCCAUAGAGUUCGCUCUACAGCUCUAUUGAUUUAUCAAUGAAAUAAACAGUCAAAGGUCUUCAAAAAUCUUUUUCGUUUCAAAGGGCAAUUUUCGCACCAGUUGUUGUUGUUGCUCGACUUGUUUUCAUUCUCAGGUAUGUGGCCUAAGAAUGGGGACGAACAAAACUGAAAACACCUACACAAACACAAAACUCUAUAGCCUCAUACAGCAUAACGGAUGCUUCCAGAUUGUCUGAGUUAUUGAAUUUGAAGUAAGGACUAUGUCUGUACAGGCUUCAAAGGAAGCAGACUCCUCUGAGGGCAAGAAGUUGGACAACGAUACAUGCAAGUCUGACCUCCAUCGCUGGGUUUAUAAACCGCCUGUGAGGACAUGUGCACUUUUCAAUGAAAUUCAGGUUAAGUUAGCUGCAUGUGGGGAAGGUCAAGUUAUUAUUGUUUCCACUGAUUACAAAGUAUUUUCUGUUGGCAGCAAUGAAUACGGACAGUUAGGCCUUGGUGAUCGAGUGGACAGGAAAACGCCAAGGGAAAUUUCUUUCUUAACAGAAAAAUUUGUCAAUAGAGUUGCUUGUGGGUCACGUCACAGUUGUGCUAUCUCAAAGAAGGGACAGGUUUUUUGCUGGGGAGAUUCAAGGCAUGGGCAGUGUGGCCAAGGAGAGAAGGGAAUUUUUACAACGCCUUGCAGAGUACGGUUUGUUGACAAAAGUCAAGCAAGCCUUAAUGAUAAUUUAGGGUCAUCGGUUCAAAGAUUUGUCAAAGCCCAGGAAGUUUCAUGUGGUGACCAACACACAAUGACUAUUGAUACACGAGGAUGUUUAUGGUCAUGGGGCACAGGUCUUGCAACAGGACAUGGGCUUGGGGAUGAUGAUGAGGUCGUCACACCCACAAGGAUUAAAAAGAUGCACAAUAAACGUGCUAUACAGAUCUCAUGUGGUAAAAACCAUAGUGUGGCAUUGAUACAAGGAGAUGCUGAAACUAACCCUGAAUAUGACCAAAGCGAUAUCUUGAGUGGUAGCAUGUCUGAUGAUGGAGAAGAUUCAUUAUCAAGGACUGACAGUAAUGUAACCCAGAAGAUACCUUUCUUUGAAAAUGUUUUUUAUGUUGAAGAUGAAGAAGAUGCAAUUAACUGGUCAAUGGAUUUGCCUAAGUUACAUAGAACAGAUACACCUCCAAUAUUUGAUAAAAGUGAAGACGAUAUAAGUGUUUUUGCCACAAAUUUAGAAAAAGGAGAUCAAAAAGAAUGCUCUGAUGAAACUGCUGGUCAAGUAAAUUCAAAUAUGGAUAGCAAAGACCAUGAAAAUGACAAUGAUAUUUCACAACCUGAAGCAAAUGAAAGAACUCUUGACAAAAACCAACCCGAAGAAAAUGAGAGGAAACUUGAUGAAAUACCAGUAAAGCAUUUUGAAAAUAAAUUAUUUGGGCAAAUCAUGCCAGAAAUUGAUAUAACAGAGGUAGAGCAGAAUGAAGAAGAUAAUCAAGUUUGUGUAGGAGAAAAAAGUAAAGAUGAGCAAAGUUCUAGUGAUGGAACAAUUAAAGGAGCAGAUAUGAGCAUGUCUUUGUCACAAUCCAAGCCUGAUUCUUCUGUUAAAGAAGCAAAUACAGACAAUUGUCAAAAUUUAACAUCUGAAAAGAAUAUUGAAAAUUCUCUAGGGUUAAAAGACAUACAUCUUGUAGAAGCAUCAACAAAUGAUCUUUAUUAUUCAGCACUAGAUAUUGUUGAUAAUGAAGAAAGCAAAAAUCUAGCUGAAGGAAAAUCUAUUGAUUCACUUCACAAUGUCAAUUCAAAUUCAACCUGUUCCUCAGAAACAAUCGGUACGUCCAGCCAGUCAUUAACUAAAGAGCGAACAUCCUCAAAUGAUCCCCUCAGUUUAUCAAUUGAUAAGAGCAUGGAAAACAUAAUAUUGUCAGAAAGUUGUUCAGUUGUAAAGGAUGAGACUGAAAAAUUUCCUGAAAAGGUUGUUUCUGAACAUGAAAUUCGUUCAAGAGCCACUUCAACCUGGUCAAUUGCAACUACAGGUAGUAGCUUUGAAGUUGAUAAAAUUGGGUCAGUCCAGUUGUUUGGAGUCAGUCAGGUCUGGGCAUGGGGUGAUAACAAAAGUGGUCAGCUUGGGAUUGGAGACAGCAGUUUAGUGAUACAAGAAAGUUCUGAUCCAGUUUGUGUCACUACAUUGAAAGGCCACGAUAUUGUCUACAUUGCAGCUGGUAGUGUCCACACUCUUGCUCUAACUACAGCCUGUCAGGUUUUUGGAUGGGGAGACAACACUUUUGGGCAACUAGGCCUCUCAGAGCCAAAGACCUUACAGCCGCAAAGGAUAUCGGCUCUCAAAGACUUGCGGGUUUGGGACAUCGCUGGUGGCGAUAGUUUUUCAGUUUUUCUUGCUGAUGUUUCUAGUAGCGUCUGUGGAAUGUACCAGCUUGGGGAGAGCAUGAAAGACCUUGAGGGUGAAUUUUCGACAUCGUGUAGUACAACGGGAGUAUCUAUAAACAAACGGAAAAGCUUUAAGAAAAUAAGAAGAACUUUACAUAAAUCGAAAAAGGAUUCUUUGGGAGAUUCGAUGACAUCAGAGUGGUAUAUAGACACAGAAAUAAGAAAAGUGAAGCAUUUUGAAAUGAAUGCAAUGUUGCGAACAGUCGAAGGAUCGGACGGUCAUUUUUUAUGCAUUACUGCAAGUGACGCUGACCAAAUUUUCAAAGUAAUGUAUAAAUUAGCAAGCUCGGAGCGGUAUUAUCAUUACCAACUUUGUCUUAUCCAAGAACACCUGAUCGAUCCACUGCAGAAAACAGAAACAUGGGUGUCAGUUUCCAAACAACCAGGGGGCGAGGCGCUCUUUCCCUUGAUAGACUGUUUCACAGAUGUAUUGCUGGCUAUUGGAGUCGCCUUAUCUCAACUGACAGAUAUAAUAAAAGCAGGGCUGGGAGUCAAAGAUCUCUUUUCAUUCUUCUUUUCCGACAGCUUUCGAGCAGGUUACGACAGGUACUCCAAGUGCUACUGUGACUCUUUAGCGGUGGGACAUCUCCAUUCACUGUCAAAGGCCGCCAGUAACAUUGUAUCGAAAGUCAAAGAGCCAGUAAAGGAAAUAUUUCACAGCAUUGCCAUGGAGCAACCUGAUUUGGCUGCUUUGAUGAAGAUUCCGUUGAAGAGAGCCAGUUUCUAUUUACGAUGCGUUGAAAAGUUGACCAAAAUAAUGAAGGGCUAUGGAGAUGCGAAAGCCGAGGAAACAUCACAGCUGAAAGAAGUCAGUCAACGGUGGCAAGAUUUUUCAGAUCUGACUUCAACACGACUACGCGAGGCUGAGAAAACAAGAGAAUUCUGGGAAGAAUGUCCUGCAAAAUUAGUGGAAGCACUCAAAGACCCUCACCGACGAAUCUUGAGAACGAGCAAGAACGCGCCCCUGUCUCUCGCAAGAGCAUCGAGGCUUGCAAGUCAUUCGUUUAUGCUUUUUAAUGACGUUUUUGUGCAUUGUCAAUCGAGCAGACAUUUUCAAGUUUUUCCGCUGGUCACCAUGUGGGUUGAGCCUUUUCUAGAUUCAGACCAGCAGAGGAAUGCUCUAAGAAUCACUGCACCUGAAGUUUCUUCAGUAUUAGUCGCUGAUUCACCAGCUGGGCGGACUGAAUGGGUCAAAGAAAUAAACGAAGCCAUAGCACAGUGUCUCUCUGUGGCGUCUUUACAUCGAAUCACAACUCAGUCAGUAAAUUCAAUUUCUGGCCUACUGCGUGCUGCCGACGCAAGAGAAGCCUCGUAUACAUACAUCAACCAUGUCAAGUACAAAAGCGCAAGGUAUUCUGGGAUGUGGUUGCAUGGAAUGCCUCAUGGAAGAGGGAAAAUGGUGUGGCCUGAUAAUCUUACUUAUGAAGGAGAAUUUGAGAACGGAAAUUUUCAAGGUUAUGGUGUUAUGGUGUUCCCAGUGACCCCUAGUGAAUCAAAGCAAAGAUACGAAGGGGACUGGAUGGAGGGUAAGAUGCAAGGGUAUGGCCAAAUGAAGUACCACGAUGGCUCUGAAUACGUGGGACAUUGGGAAAACGACUGUCGCAAUGGACAUGGCACUACCAGGACCUUUUUCGGAGGCGACGGUACGCUUGAAACUGUAUACGUUGGCAACUGGCAAAAUGACCAGAAACAUGGCUAUGGAGUGCAGGAUUUCGUCGUCAGGGGCGAGAAAUACAUUGGUAUGUGGCUCGGCGAUCAGAGGCAUGGUUAUGGUAUUGUUGUCACCGUUGACGGCGUCUACUAUGAAGGGAGGUUUGUGCAAAACAAACUAGCAGGACGUGGCAUUCUCUUGAGCGAUGAUGACACUUGCUACGAGGGAGAGUUCACGGCUGACAUGCAGAUGAGUGGAAAGGGUGUACUGACGUUACCUAAUGGUGACUACAUCGAAGGACAAUUUCAUGGAAAUUGGGGAGGAGGAAUAAAAGUCAAUGGUGUUUUCAAUAAAUUCGCUAAUCCGGACCCCAUUCUUUCACCAAUCGGAGAGAUGGGAUCCAGUCAGAUGACGGUUACUGAUUUUACCAUUCCGGCUGGUAUCAAGUGGAAAUCCUUGUUUGAAGAAUGCAGAGAGGAGCUCGUGAGGUCAAACGAAUUACUGCCGGGGCACUCGCCGAGUAUCGAGAAUGUUUGGAAAAAUGUUGAAAAGUCUAUCCUUAAAACGAGGGCUUCAGACAUCAGGAGGAGGUCCAUUCGAAGACAGGCCUUGGAGAGUGAAGUUUUCUGUGUCACGGACAAGAAGAAGCUGAAGCAUCUUAUUGAUAUCAAAGAGAUACAAACCUUGCUAACAACGGCCAUGAAUACCUUCGGUCAUCCACUAUCAACAUUAGUCGAAGGACUGGUUGAGGUGUACCGGGCGACGUAUGUAGGCGUCGGAGCGCAUAGAAGAUUGUUGUUACAUGCUGUUGAAGAAGCCAAGUCAUACAUCUCAAGGCUUUACACCAUCAUUAGGAUAAUGUUCCCAAGUCUACCUGACGAAGAGUUCGUCGUGCUGACACAUGACAAAGUAGAUGGUGUUGAUGACCCACUAAUAAACAGCACAAAUUUGCUGCAUCCGCUGAUACUCCCCCGUUUGUACCCACCCCUUUUCACGCUGUAUGCUCUGCACACCGAGAAAGGGGAUGCAAUCUAUGCUGAGCGGCUCCACCAAUUGAAUAAGAGGGGAGACAUCGCCUUGAUGUCCUUUCUUGGAGUUAACAGGAAAUUUUUAUUGUGCAAGUUUGAAGAAGAAACGAAAGAGCCAAUCAUUGGCGAUGAGCCACCCUACAAGACAUCAAUAGCAGAAUUGGAUAACCUCAUUACGAAGUACAGUCCGAUGGAAAAGAUCGAGGUCAUCCGAAGGAGCUUUGCCAAAAUUCACGAGGAGGUGAAUAAUUUCUGGAAAGGCGAGAAGAAAAUCGUUGCAAUGGAUGAUUUGUUUCCAGUUUUUCAAUAUGUGGUUACGAGAGCAAGGGUUCCACAUCUUGGAUCAGAGGUUCAGUUUAUUGAAGACAUGGUGGAUCCUUCGCAUCUUGUGGGCGAGAUGGGACACAUGGUGACAACUUUGAAGGCUUGCUACUUUCAGAUACAAAACGAAAAAGAUCGGGACUGAAUUUGAUAUUCUAGAAAUUUCUCGCUGCUACCUUUUGGUGGCUUUCUUGACUUACUCUUGGAAUCGCCACUAAUUUCCAAACAUAGGAGAUUGGUUUUGGUACUCGUGGAAAACUGGUUUUCAUAACCAAGAUGCUGGGUAGCAUGGAAAUAGCCCAAUGAGUUAGCAAAUCUUUAUCCGUAUGCGUGCAGUUUUAUACAAAUGCAAGAAGUAUCUUUUCACUGUUUGGAUAGAUGGAUUUAUUCACAAUAAAUUAUUUUCUUAAAUAUCUUCUUACUGAAGAUGUACAUCUUUAAAAUUUUUAAUCGCAGUGUUUUAUGUUGUUUUCAUAUAUAAUGUACAUUUGGUAAUUUUGCAGAAAAAUUGGGUUUCAGUGAAAAUAGUAUAUAUUACUUUAAUUGCAGAAGGAGACUUAGAUUUUAAUUCAUUCUCUCAUUUAUGAAUUAUUGCUUAGAAGAGACGAUGAGAAGGACAGUUAUCAAAGUAGACUCAGUGAAUUAAGCUGGAAACUCCAGUACACGAGCUCCUUGGUAAUAGGAGUCUUGGCGUGUGUAUCCUGAGGAUUUUCAAAACUAAAUCUGAUUCACAUUACGGAAGCUUCCCCUUUUUGUAAUAUUAUAUUAUCACUUCUGUCGAAUGGCACUAUUUUCCACAAAUAAAUUUAGAGCAAAAUAUGAUCUUUCCUUACCCAAUAAAUUUCUAUUAAUUUUCAAAAAACUACAUAGAUCACAAUUUCGGGGGAAAUGGGUAAUUUCUUUCCAUAAUCCCUUGGCGCCGCCACUUGAUGAACCUAGUUGUAUGUAUUUAUGUUUACAAAUUAAAAACUAGUCAGGUUUCAAGUUCAAGCUAUGAAUUUUCUACAGUUUGUUUCUAUAACAACGUCUGCGUGUCAUAAAUAGCUUGUGUAGUUACAUUUCACGGUAUUUAACGGAUUAAAAUUAUAUUGCUCCCAUAUUCCUUGUUGUUGUAACUAAGUUAUGCAGUGUGUAAUUGUUUUUAAAGCAUGCUAUACAACUUUAUUUUUAUAAGGUAUAUCUUGUGAUUUUCAAAGAUAAAACGAAAG